CUGAAUUAUGGCAAGGGUGUCUGUAAAGCUAAAGAAUAUCAGCAGGUCUUGGUGCUCUCCCAAGCUUCCCCUGACUUGUUGACAGCUAACGUUAGCUAGCUACAGUACGCUAUAACCAGCUGAUAACGUUACUGGGUUUAGGAAGGUUACGUAAUGUUAGCUAACUGAACUUGGUUGUUUUCAAUAUGUAUCUACUUACUAAAUGUAAUUUUCACUAGCUACAAGCAAUGGGGGACUUUCAGCAAUUUGAACAGGACUUCUACCAGUCAGGGUAUUACAUCGAUGACCAGGGACAGGUGGCCUACGACUAUGGCGAUGGCUAUGACCAUAACCCAGAGUAUGAGGAUGAUGGCAUAGAUGUGUCCAUGCCUGGUGUGUUCACCCCCUCUACGGGCCAGACCUUCCAGCCUUCAAAGCCUGCUGGGACAUAUCUAUACACAGCUGGAACAGACAGAUCAUUUGAAGAGGAGCCUCCGUUGCUGGAGGAGCUUGGCAUUAAUUUUGAACACAUAUGGCAGAAGACGUUGACAGUGCUGAACCCUAUGAUGCCAGCAGAUGGCAGCAUCAUGAAUGAGACCGACCUGACGGGCCCUAUUCUGUUCUGUAUCGCUCUGGGUGCCACUUUACUUAUGGCAGGCAAAUCCCACUUUGGCUAUGUCUAUGGGAUCAGUGCCAUCGGCUGCAUGGCGAUGUACACCCUGUUGACCAUGCUGAGUUCCCUGACUGUGUCCUAUGGCUGUGUAGCCAGCGUUCUGGGCUACUGCCUCCUACCCAUGGUGGCACUAUCUGCAUUCGCAGUCAUCUUUUCCCUACAAGGGAUCAUUGGAACUGUCCUGGCCUUGCUGGUGAUUGGCUGGUGCAGUUUCUCAGCUUCCAAGAUCUUCAUCUCCACCCUGGCUAUGGAGGGCCAGCAGCUGUUGGUAGCGUACCCCUGUGCCCUGCUUUAUGGAGUCUUUGCCUUGCUAACAGUGUUCUAAAGGCCACUACUGUCGCUGAAUGUCAACAGAGAUCCCAUUUCUGAGGCACUACGUAUCCCAUAUGGGUAUCAGUGCUGUAUAUGGGUGUGAAAAUAACAUUAUUAUAUAGAGUUGUAAUUCCUUUCUUUUUUUAAAUGGGGACUUGGGUUUUUCAUGGGGGUUACUCUACAUUGUGAAAAAUAUAAUCUGGGUGUGUGAUUGGUUGACAUUUGUGCAUUGGAAUGUGCCAAUAAAUGUCAUUUGAAACGUUACAUUGUGUCAAAAGGCAACACUGACAUAAAUUUGAAAUAUGGAACCAACAAAGACCAUGUUUAAAAACUAAAUAAAGUUGAAUAGCUUA